AUGUUCAACUUUGAAAGAAUAGAUCAUGGUUCAGGUAAAGGAACUGGCAUAGCAAUAGAAAAUAGAGAUACAAGAAAAGGCCAAAUAUCAAUAAACUUCAAAGACGAUGAUGGUAGAAUACUAUCAAUUAAAUACAAUUCCUUUAAUUCUAUCAACAUAUUAUUGAUCUAUGCUCCAGCGACUAUAUCUGAAAGAAACACCUUCAUAAUCAACUCAAAAUCACUGUUUAAAAAAUAUAAUUCAAUCAACCAUCAAAUAAUAGCAGGCGACUUCAAUAACAACCACGAUUGCAACAGAUUCUUCGGUACUGAAUUACGUAAAAUAAUAGACCAAGACAUGCUACUAGAUACUGGUAUUGAAGAAAACACUCCAACAUUUCCAAGAUCAAUGAAGAGACUAGAUAGAAUCUACUGUCAUCCAACACUACUAAACCAAAAUUCAAAACUGGUAGUCCACAACACAGUAUUUAACAAAUCAGAUCACUUUCCCAUCACAAUCACAAUACAAACCAACAGAGAAACAACAACAACAACAACAACCAAACUAGAAAGACUCCCUUGGACAUUAUGUAAAGAAAUUCUCAACAACAAACAUAUACAUGAUGGGUUAUCAGAAUUAAUCAGUAAGAACAAAGAUAAGAUCAAAUCAGUGGAGGAAUGGACGAAAUUUAAAAAUAAUGUCAUCAGAGAUUAUUUAAAAAAAGAACAAAACAAAAUAAAGAAAGAAAAGAACAAAAGAAAAUACGUAAUCCACAAAUUACUUGAAAAUAGUGAUAUCAUUCCAAAGAUGAGAAAAGAAUUCAAUGAAGAAAUAAGUAGAAUAUUAGAAGAAGAAAGAAAGGUAAAAGCAUGGGAUAUCAAAUUAAAACUCCACCUGCAUCAAGAAACACCAAGCAAAUACCUCACAAGUAUCCUUAAAUCCAGAGCCAAAGAUAAAUCAAUAUUCCAAAUAAAAGAUAAAGAUAAUAAGACCAUAUCAGAUAAAGAGAACAUAGCAAAAAGAUUUGUUGAAUUCUAUCAAGAUCAAUAUGAAGAGAAAGAAGAUAACGAAGAAACCCACCAGAAGUUAUUAGAAAAAUGGGAAGUAGACGUUGAUUUAAUCAAGAAACUCGAGAUAGACAGACCGAUAAGAAUACAUGAAGUGACCAAAGCAAUCAAAACUUCAAGUAUCCACAAAUCUUCAGUUUAG